ACACACCAUCUAGCAAUUUGCAUAACAAAAUUCUGAAUUCCAAAAAGGGUUGAGAAGAUGAUGGCAAUUGGUGAAAUGUGGAGCUAUCUUGGCUCAGCUACUGCAAGUUUCAUGUUCAUCUAUGCCAUCACUCAACAAUACUUCCCUCUUCACUUCAAAAACUAUAUUGAAACAUAUGUUCAGAUGUUUGUGAGUUUUGUAUAUCCUUACAUUCAAAUUACCUUUGAUGAAUUCACAGGUGAGCGGAUGAAGUGCAGUGAAGCCUUCUCUGCAGUACGAAUCUAUCUCAAGGACAAGUCCUCUGCGUCUGCUAAGAGGCUUAAGGCUGACGUUGUCAAAGAUAGCCAGUCUGUAGUCCUUAGCAUGGAUUACAAUGAGCAGGUCACUGAGGAGUUUCAAGGGGUGAAGAUUUGGUGGACUUCGAGCAAAACUAGUCCUUCCAAGCAAAUUUCACUUUCAAUCUAUCCUUCUUCGGAUGAGAGGAGGCAUUACCAGCUUAAAUUCCAUAAACGUCACCGGAAACUCAUCACUGAAUCUUAUAUCAGUCAUGUGUUGGAAGAAGGGAAGACAAUUGCAGCAAGGAAUCGGCAGCGGAAGCUCUACACCAACAAUCCUAGUGAUAAAUGGUACGGAUACAAAAGGCGCAAAUGGAGUGAAGUAGAUUUUGAACAUCCCUCAAGUUUUGAUACUUUGGCAAUGGAGACAAAGAAGAAAGAACAAAUCAAGAAGGACCUGAUCGCGUUUAGCAAGGGGAAGGGGUACUACGUUAAGAUUGGGAAGGCUUGGAAGCGUGGAUAUCUCCUUUAUGGUCCUCCAGGAACAGGGAAAUCUUCCAUGAUUGCUGCCAUGGCAAAUCUUUUGAAUUAUGAUGUCUAUGAUCUUGAACUUACAACAAUAAAGGAUAACACAGAGUUGAAGAGGCUUUUGAUUGACACAUCAAAUAAGUCAAUCAUAGUGAUUGAGGACAUUGAUUAUGAGGAGGAUGCAGAUACUUGUCUGAAGAAUUUGAUUGAAGCUCUUAUGGAAUCAAAGGAGAAAGCAAGAAAGAAGGCCGAGGAAGAAGCACAGCUGAAGGAAGAGAAAGAAAAGGAGGAACAGUGUGCUAAAGAAAAAGUUGGAGAAGAUGCAACCACAACCAAAGGGAUUGGUGUAUAGAUUAUGACAGCACUGGAUAUCAUUUUAGUCGCUCAUAUUUCUCAUUGAUUCCCUAGGUUGUUGGGUGGCUAUAAUCUAGAUUAUAGCUAUAGGUGUGCUAUUUUACGUUUCCUUGUGUGGUUUGCUAAUGUUAGUAACAUAGGCACCUAUGUGCCAUAUGUAAGCCCUGUUUAUGAAAAUAAAAUGGUUAAGCCAUC